UCUUCUCAUUCAAAUCCCUGCUACAGACCAACUUCUGCUAUGACACAUGUACAAAUAACUAUAAUGGCAACUAUAAUAACUGUUCAAGGCAGCGACCAUGACUAUUUCUGUGUGUGUACAGCACCUAACACGUUGAAGGUGCUACUGGAAAGAAGUUAUAAACAAUUUAAAGAAAAUAGUCUUCCUCAAUCACAGCUGAUGCAGAUAAAGAUUCAAACUCUGCCAUUUGAUAUGUGUAUUGAAUUCAAAGCAAACAUCCACCUCUAUCUGUUAGAAAUGCUCUUUCAAAAAUCAAAGUUGUUCUGAAUCUCUGAUGUGAAGAUUUGCAAAAGUGCUGUAGAAAGAACCACCCAAGAGGUCAAAGCAUCUAUAGAGUUGCCCUCUAAAGACUGGAAGCCCUCUACAAAUGAAAGGAUGCUAUGCACCAAAGUUUGCAGACUAAAUUAGCAAUAACAGUGAAGGUACUACAGUAAAACCUGCCAAGAGUGAUCACUCAUCGGAGUUAGCAAAAGUGGUCGCUUGUAAGAUGUGGUCUCUCUUCAAAGGCCUGCAUGGCAGAGAGUGAUGGUUCUGGGGCCUCUGCAAGCAGUUGCUCAUGACAGGUGAUCUUUCUUCAGAGGUGCUCUCUAAGGCAGGUUUUACUGCGUAUAAAUCAUUCCAUAACUGGCUACAUUUAAAUGAGAGAAAACAUUGCCAUUGAUUUAAUUAUAAAGUCGUAUGCCAGACAGAAGGGCAGCUAGACACUGGGAGUUAGUAGCAGGAGGUUAGAAGAAUGGAGGAGGUUAACCUUGGCAUGUUGUGACUGUACAUGUCUUGUAUAUGGGAUUCAGACAGUAUAAGCAAAAUGCAAUUUAGCGAAAAGGCUGCGCACAGCUAAAAGUCCCAGCAGCUCUAGUAAAUGCAGUUAAAUUAAGAAAGUAAAUACUAAAGCAGCUGAAGAGCACUUUGCCAAGUAUUUGUGCUAAAUGUAUGAGAUAAGUAUUGGGUGGCAGGUCACACUGUUAAAAUGUAUAUUUGGCACUUCACAAAGUAACUCCAUAAAAGAGCCACUGGUCUGGAAAGUUAGUUGAGGCUUGACAGGUAUUCUAAACAGGAAUCGGAUUACAUCUGACAUUCCCACUCAGGCUGCUACAAGAUUAAAUGUUUAGUUUAAAUUAAGUUUAAAAAUUCACUCUUCAGCAAUGUUUACUUUCCUUAGCCAAUCUCCAGAGCUGGUACCAGCCGCGCAGACAGUGUGGCUGUAUCUACUGGGAGGCAGGGAGCAUUUGAGAAACUAUUUUUGGUCAAGUGUAAUGCAAUUUUAGAACUUUUACAGUCUUCACAGGGAAGAUGGCCUCUUUUCUGUGUGUGUGAGAGAGACCUGUUCUCCGAAAGUCAGGCUGUCUGCACUUCCCAUCACCAAGCACUCAUUCGGUUAUCAGCAACAUUUCAGAGCUCUUGAGAUUAAUGACUGUUGCCAUGUAAACUGUGCAUUAUAAUGGGAAGAAGGAAAUACCAGCAGGACAGUGCACAAAGUAGAAACCAGGGAGAGUUCCUGAUGCUCCGGGUUCCACAUGGUAGCAGUGAUUUUAAAUGCAGACAGUUUCAGUAUGGGCAACACACUGAGAGCAAUCAUUGCCUUCAUCCCUUCUGAUGACUGCCAGAAAUACCUCCUGGGAGACCUUGAAGAGAUGCCAAUUGAUAGAAUGGUGGAUCUGAGCAGCAGGCAGCUGAGGAGAUUUCCCUUGCAUGUUUGUUCCUUCAGGGAGCUCGUCAAGCUGUACCUGAGUGACAAUAACCUGCAUCAGCUGCCCCCAGAGCUAGAACAGCUGCAGAACCUCCAGAUCUUGGCAUUAGAUUUCAACAACUUCAAAGUGCUGCCCCUGGUGGUGUGCACCCUGAAGCAGCUGUGCAUACUCUACCUGGGCAACAACAAGCUCUGUGACCUGCCCCAGGAGCUCAGUCUCCUGCAGAAUCUCAAAACCUUGUGGCUCGAGUCCAACUGUCUGAGCCACCUGCCCGAGGUGGUGUGUGAGCUGAGCCUCCUCAAGACCCUGCACGCUGGCUCCAACGCGCUGCAUACGCUGCCUGCCAGGCUGCGAUGCCUGCAGGAGCUGCGCACCAUCUGGCUCUCCGGCAACCUGCUGGCUGACUUCCCCCCGGUCCUGCUGCACAUGCCAUUCCUGGAGGUGAUCGACGUGGAUCGCAAUGCCAUCAGGUCCUUCCCCAGCCUGGCUCACCUCCCCGGCCUAAAGCUGAUAAUCUACGACCACAACCCCUGCAGGAACGCGCCCAAGGUGGCCAAGGGGGUGCGCAGAGUGGGGAGGUGGGCAGAGGAGACCCCCGAGCCCAGGAAGCGCUCCGAGCUGGGCAGGGAGGAGACCACCGAUGGCAAGGAACCACCACUUCCCCCUGACAAGCAGCCCCAGCCCUGCUAAGGU